AGCUUAUUAGGCUGCUGUUGUUACUCUUUCAACAUGACGUCGUUUUCUCCCGGACUAUAAAGCGCCAAGUUGUGCGAUGAGCAGAUCGAGUGCGAAGGAUUUUCUGAAGACUUCGUCAUUUUAUUCCAUUCGUUUCUAGAAACAUUUUAACUGCUCUUUUCUAAAAUUUUCUUUUAAAAAAAAGUUUUUACAGCACGGCGCGGAAACGCUUCUUUAGUUUCAAUAUCAAAACAAUUUCUCCGUAUUUCUCCGUCUGUCGUUUUACCGAUGUUUGUUCUUCUUCUUGGAAAGACUCGCUCAGACUCGUCAGUUUACCACCUCUGCUCCGCGCCAGUAAACGACGUUUUAGGACAUUUACGUUUGACUAGAAAGGGCGAGACAAAUAAGAACACAAUUUUGGCUUUUCUUCAAGGAAUUAAAUAUCAUUGUUGAACUCAAGAUAACGGGGACGACAGGGACGAAAGAAGCUCCGGAAGGCAGGCUUUCGGUGUGUGGAAAAUUUUGUACAAUAACAAAGAAUGAGGUUAAAAGGACGAGGGAGGAUUUUUCUUGCACUGAUACGAAAAUAUCUGAUCGAAUAUCAAGUUGAAGGACUUCACUUGUAGAAUUCACAAAUGUGAGGACACACCUCUUUGCAGUUCACUCCUGCUAAGAAAACAAAAUUGGUGUCGAGGGAAAAAAAUUAUUAAUGGAGACGAUCAGUGGCAAAACGUCUUACGGCACAAUCAGCAGCAGCAGUGGUGCCGGCCCAAUAGUUGAGUCAUGUGACGUCGAUCCAUGGGCGAUCGUUGAUCUUGUGGACGAUUCUGAGAAAUGGACGGACAUGAGCACCAAAGAAAAAGUCUUGCAUCUUUUGGGCAUUGGACUAAAGAUACUUGGUGCUAUCGCCUUGUUGUAUUUCUUCAUAUGCUCACUUGACUUACUGGCCAAUGCAUUCCGUCUGAGUUCCGGUAAAACUGCUGGUAAAAUUUUUCAGCAAAGUGAACUGAUGCAGAAUCCAGCCGUUGGAUUAAUGAUCGGAAUUUUGGUUACAGUUCUCGUCUUGAGUUCUUCAACUUCAACUUCCAUCAUAGUAAACAUGGUUGGCGCUAAUGUUUUAACAGUAGGCAUGGCGAUUCCAAUCAUUAUGGGCGCCAACAUAGGAACUUCAGUAACCAAUCUGAUCGUCUCUUUCGCCGAAAUUGCCAACAAGAACGAAUUCCGACGAGCUUUUGCCGGAGCUGCUGUCGACGACAUUUUUAAUUGGAUAACAGUGUUCGUCCUGUUUACUGUCGAAAUCGUUUGUCAACCUAUAUUCGGCAUCGGUUAUUUGGAAUGCAUCAGCGGGAUUCUAGUUCGGAAUAUUUACAAUUCGUCGUCCAUAGGGAACGGAAUUAACAUUUUGAAAGCAAUAACAGAUCCUGCUGUGGACCUUAUCGUACAGCUGGAUCCAAACGUUUUAAAAGGCUGGGCUAGCGAUGACCCAAUGUAUGAAAAUUCUUCACUGAUACAGCAGUGUGGUGGAAAUAUCACCGAUCCUGUCCCGUGCAGCGGUAUAUUUGUAUUCGAAAACACGGGAAUGAAAGACUGGACUAGCGGAUUGAUUAUCUUGGCCAUUUCGCUUACCAUUCUCUGCGGUAGCCUGGUAUGCCUAGUGAAAAUCCUCCAUUCCGUGAUGAAAGGACACAUAGCCAACGUCGUCAAACACGUUAUCAAUGGAGAAAUUCCUUACGUUCCAUGGCUCGCAGGUUACAUAGCGAUGCUUGUCGGAGCGGGGAUGACUUUUGUAGUCCGGUCAAGCUUGGUGUUCACUUCGGCACUGGAUCCGCUCAUCGGAGUUGGAUUCAUUUCCAUCGAACGAGUCUAUCCGCUGACGUUGGGCUCCAACAUCGGUGCGACUACAACUGCCCUGCUUGCAGCCUUUGCGGCUUCACCUGACGCCCUGCACGACACCCUGCAAAUAGCUCUUGUUCAUUUGUUAUUCAACGUCACAGGCAUUUUGCUUUUCUAUCCCAUCCCUUUUAUGCGGAUACCCAUUCCGAUGGCCAAGUUCAUGGGUGACGUCACUGCCAAAUAUCGAUGGUUUUCCGUUCUGUGUCUUGUCGGUUUGUUUCUCCUUUUGCCCGCCACUGUUUUGGGUCUAUCUAUCGCUGGCACUGCCACACUUAAGUGCGCUGGUAUACCGCUCUUAAUCGUCCUCAUCGUGAUCGUUGUCAUCAAUAUUUUCCAAAGAUAUUGCCCGUCUUGCUUGCCAACCAUCAUGCGAAACUGGAGCUGGCUACCGGAAUUUUGCCGAUCUUUGGAGCCGUAUGACCGUCAGUUCGCCAAAUGUGCUUGCUGCAAACGAUUCAUAGACGAAGAUGUUAAGACAAAUAACAUCGAUUUCGUGGAUUUGAAAGCUUCAAUUGCAUUAUUAACCGAGGUUAAGUCUGAAUAAAAAAACUAA